UCGAGGGAGCUGACCCGUUUCUCAGUCAGCUGUGAGCUGCGCCACCGAAGCCCCGCAAAAUGGCAGGUGCCAUAGUGCGUUGUUUUCAAGUCCCGAGGAGACAAUUGGGUCUCCUCGGAUCGAGCUUGAGCAGCCUGCAGCAGAGAACGUUCGCCGAUGCCGCCCCGGAAGGAAAGAAAAGAGGAGGGCCCCUGGCCGAUGAGGAUCGCAUCUUCACGAACCUGUACGGUAGACAUGACUGGCGGUUGAAGGGUGCCAUGAACCGCGGCGACUGGUACAAGACUAAGGAGAUAAUGGACAAGGGUGCCGAUUGGAUCAUCAAUGAGAUCAAGAUUUCUGGUCUGAGAGGCCGCGGCGGGGCCGGCUUUCCCUCCGGGAUGAAGUGGUCCUUCAUGAACAAGCCUUCCGACGGUCGGCCCAAGUAUCUGGUGGUCAACGCCGACGAGGGCGAGCCGGGUACCUGCAAGGAUCGCGAGAUUCUACGCCACGACCCGCAUAAACUCGUGGAGGGCUGCCUGAUCGCCGGUCGCGCCAUGGGAGCGUGUGCCGCUUACAUCUAUAUACGCGGUGAAUUUUACAACGAGGCGUCCAACAUGCAGGUAGCCAUAGCCGAGGCCUACCAGGCCGGUCUGAUCGGGAAAAACGCCUGCAACUCUGGUUACGACUUUGAUAUCUUCGUGCAACGAGGAGCGGGCGCGUACAUCUGCGGCGAGGAAACCGCUCUCAUUGAAUCCAUCGAGGGAAAACAGGGGAAACCGAGGCUAAAACCACCGUUCCCGGCCGACGUCGGCGUGUUCGGGUGUCCCACAACCGUCACCAACGUCGAGACCGUAGCAGUGGCGCCUACAAUCUGUCGCCGAGGUGGAGCGUGGUUCGCCUCGUUCGGACGUCCGCGCAAUCACGGAACCAAGCUGUACAACAUUUCCGGGCACGUGAACAAUCCGUGCACCGUCGAGGAAGAAAUGUCCAUCCCUCUGAAAGAGCUGAUCGAGAGGCACGCGGGAGGCGUGAUCGGAGGAUGGGAUAAUUUAUUAGGCGUCAUUCCCGGUGGCUCUUCGACCCCCGUCAUUCCUAAGAGUGUGUGCGACACCGUCCUGCUGGACUUCGACGAUCUCAUCAGGGUACAGAGCUCGUUCGGCACGGCCGCGGUGAUCGUGAUGAACAAACAGACGGACAUAAUCAAAGCCAUCACCCGUUUGAUAAGCUUCUACAAACACGAAUCAUGCGGCCAGUGCACACCUUGCCGCGAGGGAAUCAGUUGGAUGUACAAAAUACUGAGAAGAUUCGUGGAAGGUAACGCCGAGACACACGAGAUAGACAUGCUAUGGGAGCUUACGAAACAAAUAGAAUUGCACACGAUAUGCGCUCUGGCGGACGGUGCCGCGUGGCCCGUGCAGGGUCUGAUCAGGCAUUUCAGGCCAGAAAUCGAAGCGCGCAUGAAGGAACAGAAACGAGCGGCGUCAAAUUGAGAACUCGAGCGAGAUAGAAACAGAUUAGACGGAAUAUAACGGCAGAAGAUAUUUAGAGCAAUCCUUGUAAGAUUUUAUAUUUAUUUUCGGUGUAUAUAAAUGAAUCUAAACAAUAGUCACGAUUCCACUGUAAUGAUAUUCUUCGAACCCGGGCUAUGUCCUGGAGGUUCGACUAAUAAAAGAAAUAUAAGAGAAAAA